AUGGAGACCCUGCUGAAGAACGAGGCUGUGCGCGCAAAAAUCAAAGGACUGUCGCCUCCAGUCAAAAAAGCUUUCAUCGAGAGCCUCCUCGACCUGUUCGAGCAGGAGACGGAAGACACGAUCGACCUGAUCGAGGAGAGCCGGAUGGAGCUGCGUGGAGACUUCAUGUCCUUCGAUGACGACACCAAGUCACUGCGUGCAGAGUCCCGAAUGCUAGAGGACCAAAGGAAGGGAUACGAACAGGAGUGUGUCGAAAACUACAUGAAAACGAGGACUUCUGAUUCCCGGCUUUCCGUUGUUGACGAGAAGGAAAACAGUCGUGCAGUCAGUGACUACAUUAAAAAGCGCGGGAAACGGCGGGCGCCGUUGGCAGACGAAAUCAAACGUAGUCAGAGCACAGACAGACCUUUGGACGUCCCGCGUCGGUCCGACAGUAGCCUGACCACGCGCAGUCUACCGUCGCCGGCGACGCUGAGAACCGUGGAAGAGGAGAAAGACGAGAUAAUGAACACCCUGACGACAGCAAAUCGCCAGAAAGAGGCUGAGCGGCUACGUCAGUUGGAGAUAAUCGAAGCCAGACGCACGAAAAGACGUCAGCAAAAACAGACGACAGAGGAAAAAGCUCUGGAACUUCUUGAAAAGGCAGUUGCUAUGGAUAAAAUGCUUUCCGAACGAAAAUUGGAACAGGAUCAACAGCUGCAAGAACGACUUGAAGAUGCGAGAAGAAAACGCGCCGAAUCUCGAGUCGGUAAUUACGACGACAGUAAAUCCAUGGACAGUAAAUCGAAAAGUAGGUCUGCAAAAGGGAAAGAACUCAGAAAAGACAAACGAACUGACAGACAACCUGAGAGCGAUCGCAUCGGUGAGAAAGACCGAACGAGUGAAAGGGACGAUAAACGUGAGAAAAGAAGCGAACGGGAAAAAGAUAAAAGAGAUCGAAGUGACAGAGAGAAGGAAGAACGAAGAGAUCAGGGAGAUCGGAAAAGCGAAAAAAUCGAACGAACGAGUGAAAGUGACGGAAAACGUGAAAAGAGAAGUGAACGAGAAAAAGAUAAAAGUGAUCGAAGUGACAGAAAGAAGGAAGAACGCAGACAUGAAGGAGAUAGAAAAAGCGGAAAAAGCGAAAGCAAAAGUGAUCGUAAAGACGAUAGCAAACGUGACAAUCGUGAAAGGACAGACGAGAAGAGGAGUGAAAGCAGAAGUGAUAGGAAAGACCGGGAAAGGACAGAGAACAAAGAAGACCGACAGGAAAGGUCCGACAGGGAACGAUCUGAUCGCUCAGACAGAAAAGAAAGGAGUCACCGAUCGAGUAAAAGUAGUUCUUCUGAAAAUAAAGAUCUUGAUGCGCCAAAGAGUGAGAAAGUUAGCAAGGAAGAGAAAAAGGCUUCUGACUACGACUUCACAAUUUAUUAA